AAAAAAUAUAAUGCUUUGAUAUAUGAUAAGCGAGAAUUUAAUUAUAAUUCUGAAUGGAAAGAUUUGGAACAACAUAUAAAAAUAAUAUUAGGAUUGAACGAAGUAACGAAAGAAAAUAUAAUAGAAUAUAUUAAAAAUACUGAUGAAUAUACUUUAUUAGCACAUGGAAGAAAAUUUAAUAAUUUAUUAGCAAAAGGAACUGAUUUAGUUAGAAGAAAUUCAACAUUGAUAUGUCGUAUAAUGUUGAAGAAGAUACUUUACACGAUGUUUGAUUAUAAAGAAUAUA